AUGGAGAGUUUAACUUUAGAGAUUGCCAAGACCAUUUGGUGGAUAUUAGUUAUAGCAGUGUUGGGUUUAGGGUUUUGGGUUUACGGUAAAGCGAUUGCAGAGCUGUGGAGGGUGCGGAGGAGGCUUGCGGUGCAAGGUGUGAAGGGUCCACCACCGUCGCUAUUCUGUGGCAACGUGCCGGAGAUGCAAAGAAUUCAGUCACAAACAACGAUCAAUUCUAAACAAUAUUCCGGUGAUAAUAUUAUUGCUCAUGACUACACUUCUUCUCUCUUUCCCUAUCUCGACCAUUGGCGAAAGCAAUACGGGAGGGUGUACACGUACUCAACGGGGAUGAAGCAACACUUGUACAUGAACCACCCUGAAAUGGUGAAAGAGCUUAACCAAGCCAACACUCUUACACUUGGUAAAGUCUCUUACGUCACAAAACGUCUUAAGUCCAUUCUUGGCCGUGGCGUUAUCACCUCUAAUGGGCCUCAUUGGGCCCAUCAACGCCGUAUCAUCGCUCCCGAGUUCUUCCUCGACAAAGUCAAGGGAAUGGUCGGUUUAGUGGUUGAAUCUGCGUUGCCAAUGCUUACCAAAUGGGAAGAGAUGGUGUGUGACAUAAGAGUUGACGAAGACCUAAGAGCUGUCUCUGCUGAUGUCAUCUCUAGAGCUUGCUUUGGGAGCUCUUUCUCCAAAGGCAAAGAGAUCUUCUCUAAGCUUAGAUGUCUUCAAAAGGCAAUCACUCACCACAACAUCCUUUUCAGCCGCAAUGGCUUCUCUGAUAUUGUGUUCGGGACUAAGAAGCUUGGGAACGGGAAGAUUGAUGAGCUAGAGAAGCAUGUUGAGUCUUUGAUAUGGGAAACGGUUAAGGAGAGAGAAAAGGAAUCCGUGGAAGAUCACAAGAAGGAUCUAAUGCAAUUGAUACUAGAAGGGGCUAUGAGUAGUUCCGAUGGUAGCUUGGAGGACAAGUCAUCAUCUUACAAAAGUUUCGUAGUUGACAAUUGUAAAAGCAUCUAUUUCGCCGGCCAUGAGACCACUGCGGUUGCUGUAUCUUGGUGUCUUAUGCUCCUUGCUCUCAACCCUUCCUGGCAAACUCGGAUUCGUGAUGAAGUCUUUCGUUUCUGCAAGAACGGUAUUCCUGACGCAAACUCUAUUUCCAACCUCAAAACGGUGACAAUGGUUAUCCAAGAAACGUUGAGACUAUAUCCACCAGCGGCAUUCGUGUCAAGAGAAGCCCUUGCGGACACAAAACUUGGAAGCCUCAUAGUACCAAAAGGAGUGUGCAUUUGGACAUUGAUCCCUACAUUGCACAGAGAUCCCGAGAUAUGGGGACCGGAUGCGAAUGAAUUCAAACCAGAGAGGUUCAGCGAAGGAGUCUCUAAAGCCUGCAAACACCCUCAGUCCUUCGUCCCAUUUGGGUUAGGGACAAGAUUGUGUCUAGGAAAAAACUUUGGUAUGAUGGAGCUCAAGGUUCUUGUGUCACUUAUAGUGUCAAGGUUUAGUUUUACUUUGUCUCCCACGUAUCAACACUCUCCGGUGUUUAGAAUGCUUGUAGAGCCUCAACAUGGUGUUGUCAUUAGGGUUAUUCGACACUAA